UUGUCGGUGCGCGAGGGAGACGGAUGCGCUUGUUGAAAAAUGGACUGCGCACUUACCUCGCGGGCUCUCACGUCGACGCAUCUGAAAACAUCCCCCUCUCAGUGAUGCUGGCUGAUGCGGCGAGGAGCGGGUCUGCCGGAGGAGCGCGGUGCCACGCAUCGUGGUGCUUUUGCAUUUUUACGCAGCUGCUCAGCCUCUUCGUCCUCUAAUCAAACAGCAUCACAUGCAGCUGGAAAGCACUUUACCGCUUCAGAUAAACUGUGUUUGGGUGAAUGCCGCAGCCGACAGGAUUUGGAGCAGAUCUGGAGGCCAGCAUGCGCGGAUCGGAGGAGGUUUUUGUAACACUCGCGCAUCGUAUUUAGUGGAUUUUGGCUCUUAACAUAGAUUUAAAGACUCGGCCAUGGCUGAUGAGAGCAGCCUGUCCCGGCAGAUAGGGAGUGUGGAGAGGAGCAUGGUGUUCCUCAGGCAGGAGCACCUCACUUUACUCCACGGCCUCCACCUGGAGAUCCUCUCCCUGCAGAAACGAUGCACAGAACUGACGAGUGAACUAAAGGUGAAGCCUCCGGGCAGAAGCCAAAUAGAGUUACAGGAGGAAGAGGAGCUCCUGGAGGCUCGUUGUUGGGACCUGGAAAGCCGUCUGUCCGAGCAGGAGUGCUCCUUAGGAGAGCUUCGAAAGGAGCUGACUCAUAAAGGGGCUUUGGUGGGAGCCCUCCGAGCCAAUCUCAAGGAAAAGGAGCGCCAUUUCCUGGAGGAGCUCAAACGCCGCAGCCACUGCUCCACCAUCCUCAACACGGAGCUGCAGAAACAAACAGAGGCAGCAGCGUACCUCUCCUUCCAGCUGCAUGCUGCCCGGCAGAAACUGCACCACCAGCGGAUGCAGCAGAGGCAGGGACUACUCGCCCGAGCAAACAGUCAGGGGGCCCAGUAUGGUGCCGAGCAGAACUCCGUUUCUCCACAGAUGCCGUCAGGAGCCUCCCCUUCCUCUCCUGUGGUCAAACCCAAGCGUAAGAGUACGAGGGUGUCUUCCAGAGUGGAGCGCGCCCGUGAGUGUGUGCCCAUAGAGAAGGUGAUGGGCCCCGCAGAGCCCACAGCGAUGCCAGACCCUGCACUCUUCCUUCACCCUCGGAGGCACAGGGCUCGCUCCAGGCACACUGGGGCACAAAGACAGCCUCCACUGGGGCUAGAGAAGGAGGAUGAGGAGGAAGGAGGUGGGGAGGGGCCAGUGGAGCACCAGGGUGAAGCUGGCAGACUGGUGUCUUCAGCCGCAGCACCUCCUGCUGCUGAGACGAAGGCAGAUUAGCGACUACUGUGACCUGUGCUUUUAACUGAUCACCGUAUGAUAAUCUCCUGUCAGACUGUUAAUGCUGUUAACUGUUGUUCUGCACCUUGACUGAGUUGAUACAAAGACUGGUUUUAGCUAAUUACAUUACACUUAUCAUAGACACUUUUUUAAUAUGGACUUUGAUAUAACCUUAAAUAACUUGCAAAGCAAAACUCAGUGUCACUUUACGUCAGUCUUAAAAAGUUAAUUAUCUGUUUACACUGGUGUCAUAUGCUCAGAAAACUGUGGCAGCCCCUUUUUUGAUCUGUGGUGAUGAUGAGUGGUAGCAGCCAUUUUAGGUGGACUAUAAACCAACGUGUUGUGUAGCCCAACCAACUGUGAGCUUUCAAGGCUGACCAUAAAUCAACUGUGUGACCAAA